AAUGCCAAACGUCGUCCACUCAGAUCUACCAAGUUUGUAAGAAAGCAGGGAUCAACACGUGACCCCCGUGGAUUGGAGCGCGCUGGGGGGAAGGGGAAAAGAGAGCGCGACCUUCAAUUGAUUUCCUCUCCAUUCAACUCCCUACUAUGCAAAAAAUAACCAUUAUCGAGUCAUCGACCGGCUCUGAUGUCCACGGCCGACGCUGAUCUGGGGAGCCUCUUGGCCAAGGUGCUGCCCGCCGAUGUGAAGGUCACCAUUCGCCAUGUCUCGUCCGUUCCGACUCAAUGUGUCGCUCUCUUCGCCGCUCCGCCAGGCGAAGCGCCAGAGACGACGUUCUGUGAAAAUCAUUUUUUGACAGCCUCGAUCAACAUCGACGACAAGGAUGGACAAGAGGUCAUUGUCUUUGGGAUUGAGGUGUUGGUUUACAGCUCCGCACACCUCACGACGAUCUUUGUCUCCAAGGCCGACUCGACGGGCUACCUGCAUCUACUGAAGAACGCUCCCAAAGUUUCGCUGCUCCGAUUGAUCUCCAAUACUUUCCUUUCCUACCUCGUACAUACCCGCCAGCGACCUGGCGUCCGGCUAGUCGUGUCGUUGUUUGCGCGUGCUCAGAACCAGUAUUUGUUCCCCGGAAGCAUCGACAAUGCCGGAAAGCAUGUCUUGGACGACCGAGGGUUGAUCAAAUGGUGGUGUCGCGCAGUCGACCCUAUUCUACGGGAAUAUGAGCCGGAGUCUGGCUCUCAGGAGAAAGGACUACUGGACCGAGCUAUGGAAUCUGCUAAGAGCUCUGCGACCGCAUUCUUGAUCGUUCCUGGAUGCGACAGGUUCGAAACCAGGGGAUUUUUCCCAAGCACUUCCAAGGUCGACAACAAAGAUCGUCCUAGAUGGCGCAAUAGCUACCCUCUCCGACAAUUAUGCACCAAUCCCGAUAACCCUCCACGCUGCUUGAUCCCCCGUUUUCCGGACGAUCCCAAGACACGAUUCCUGGACGACCUAGAUGGUGAGCUGCCUGAACGUACGGAAACGGGGGCUUCGCGCGAGAGCUCAGGAAAGUGGAGGAGUGUUAGAUCUCUGGAACAGUUCUGGGAGAUGAUGUCCUUCCGGCAGGAAUGUUCCGCUGGCAGGUUGGUCGGGUUUUUGUGGCUUGUUAUCAAUCCACCUGGGCUCGAAAACUCGGUUCAAAUGGCGAGUUCCAGGUUUAUACAGGGAAAGGCUGAGGAUAAACCUUCAACAACGACGCCUGAAAAAGCAUCCGAUGAGAAACCCUCGAUUCCAGCUGUCAACUCGGAAACUCCUCCUAGUCCGGCGGACUCAACACAGAAACCAGAAUCUUCAGAUCCAAAAAGUGAUGAAAAGCCUGUCACUGCUGCUCAGCCCGCUUCAUCCUCAGAUCGUUCCAAUUUGCAGCAGGCCAGUGAUGUGUACCCAUUCUCCUGGCCAGAAGCUGGACGUGGGCAUGCAACUUUGAACGAAGCGGACUACAAGACCGCCACUGAUUUCCUGUUCCAAUUGGAUUUUGACAGCCUAGAUGUUUCGAUAGCCAGCUCCAAGGCGUGGGCUGAGAAGGUUGCCUCUCUUGCGGACCAGCUCUGGGUGGGCCAGCAUGUCGUGGGCAGAAACACAACAACGGAUUCCGCGCCCAAAUCUUCCGAAGCAAACAACCUGAUGGACAGUGGAUUCAUUCGAAAGCGAAAGAAGACUCUUGGAGAAAGCGACAAACCUGAACAAAACGAAGGAAAGUGUACAGGGCCUACUGAGCUAGGCGGCAACGAGAAUGCUCAGGUACCACCUACGUCAGAGCCACCCUCAGGCGUCAAUAUGCUGAAUGCAAGUGUGGUUCGGAAGAAGAAGAAGACGUAAAAUGAUGAGGGCGGACGUUGUUUCAUGAAUUGGAGAUCUUGGAGUUUUUUGGCAAUGGUUUUUUUAGGGUUGGAAAAGAUAAUGGAAGGUUGGGAGUU